AUAAUACGUGAAAGAAACACGAAGGAUAAUUGUACGUUGCUUCACGCUCAUCUCGCGUUCGAAACUCGUUGAGAGAUGUAACGGAGAGAGAAGUGUCAGUGGCAUUCGAUAUACAAUGCAAGAAGAUAUAUUUCCAGCCGCAGAGAAAAUCCUUUCCGAUAUCGAGAACAUCCUGAAAAAGGAUUCCUCUGUAAAGACAUUUGAGAUUAUACCUGCCGAGGACAACGAGAACAAGUCGCCGGUAUUUCAUCAGGAAGAAUGUUUGGGUUUAGCCUCUUGGUGCGUGCAACCACUUUAUUGCUACGUACAUCGUCGUUUGUUUGAACACCGUCGAAAUAAACAUAGACGAGAGGAUCCAAGCAACGUUGCUAGAUGGCUAUUAGGUGCGUUGCUGUUAAAUCCAGACGUAUCGACGUUUUGGAAUAUGAGAAGAGAAUUGGUCAAAAAUUACAAAUUGGACGUUACCGAGGAAUUAGAUUUCACACGAUUGGUAUUAUAUAAAAAGGCAAAAUGUUUUGAAGCAUUUGCGUAUCGCCGUUGGUUAUUACCAUAUUUAUUAGACAGCGAAGGAAAAAAUUAUGAUCCUGUACCAACGGAAUCGCCUUUGUGCAUUGAAAUGGACAUUACUAGUACAUGCGCCGAUAGAUACGCAACUAAUUAUCAUGCCUUCAGUCAUCGUAGAUACGUUAUGGCACUUAAGGAAUAUCGCGGAUAUACUCAUCCUAAUUUCGAUAGCGAAUGGAAAAGUACUUUAACAUGGUGCCGAUCAAAUGUAUCCGAUUAUAGCGGCUUUUGUUACCGACAAUAUCUUUUGGAGAAGUGCCUGCUCGAGACCGACACAAGUACCAAGAGUAAUAUCUUCAAAUGUAUUAAAAUCAAUGAAUAUCGAUUACGUUCGCAAUUGGUAAUGGAUUACGUUGCCGAUUUGGUUCAUGUUAAUUCUGAUGACAAUAAUUCUCAAAAUAAUGAAACUAACGAAGAUUUGACGUUGGCCGAACACGGUCCUACGCUUCGUACUCUUGAUCUACUUCAUGGUAAAAGACGAUCCAGUAUUACCAGCAACAACAUCAUCGCCAGUAACAACAAUAGUUGUAAUAACACCAGCACCAGUACCAGCCAUAGCACCAGUCACAGCAGCAGUAGCAGUACUACUACUAUUAUUACUACUACUACUACUAAUACUACUACUACUACUACUACUACUACUACUACUACUACUACUACUACUACCUCGCAACUCAAACCCUGGCAAAUAUGUUUUCAAGCUUUGUCCUAUUGGGUAGAGGAAUGUAGGAUCAAUGAAGACUUGAUUAGAUUGUACGACGAUCACGAAACUCUUUGGUAUCAACGUAGAUAUCUCGCUCAUAUUCUAAUACGCCUCAUCGAAUCCUACAAAAAAUAUUCCUAUUAUAAGUCUGAAAUAAUCGUUGAUCCUCGUCAUCGUAUCAUACCAAAUGAAUAUAGUAACGUCGAUGAAAUGACCGAUGACAAAAGUAAAAUCAAGGCUCCUCUCGUUGAAGCUUUCUUAAAUCGUACCCGUGACAUCGUUGAGUUAGCCAUGAAACGUGACACCCACGAGAAACUCAUUGUCGACAAAUUCCUAAGAUAUCUGAACGACGUUGGUCUUAAGCUUUGAAUUAUCUUUCGCCUAUCCUAUAUUAUUUUCUUCAUAAUCACUUUGAGAGAUUUAUUCAUUACAGUUUUCAAAAAAAAAAAAAAAAAAAAAGAAAAAAGGAGAAAAAAAAACAAAAAAAAACAGUUAUUAUAGAUUUUGAAAUUAUCUACAGAGAUUAUUAGAGAUAUAUGCAAAUAUUUAUUAUAAGAAAUAUUUUUUAUUUUUUCUUUCUUUUGUAACUAAUUUUCUCUAUCUCUAUCUCUAUCUCUUUGAUAAUAAGAUUAUAAAAGAUAUCUCCUUUUCUAUUGUAAAAAAAUGAUAUGGUUUUACAUAAAGGAUUCGAUGCUGUCGAUCAAAUGAUUAACAAAUAUAAAAAUAAUAUAUAUAUAUGCACGCGACUCAUAACGCGUCAAAUUAUAUUAUUCUAUUCGAAGGAAUAUUCGAGCAUAGUCGUGCAACAACUAUGGCAAUAAUAUUUUCUCUUUCUAUUUCUUUUUUUUUUUUUAUUUUAUUUUAUUUUAUUUUAUUUUAUUUUUUUUCCUCAUAGUAUUCUCACAGAAAAUAAUAAUAUAUUAUAAUAAUAACAAUAAUAAUCAUCAUCGUUUAUCACGAUGCUAUGAUUCUCUUUUCACUGUGUGUGUAUAUAACUUUCGUUUUGAUAAUUUAAUAUUAAUCUGAUAGAUCAAUAUAUCACUGAAUCAAGAUUUUUCAUUACAAACUUAGAUUUGUGUAUAUAUAUAUAUAUAUAUAUAUAUAUAUAUAUACACACACAUUUUAUUAUUAUUUUUUUUUAAUCAAACUAUAAUAGCACGUUUAAAAAAUUGUAUCAAUUCAAUUUGAAAUAGGGGCCUGACCAAACACUUAUUCAAUUUACAUUCGAAUUGUCUAUAAUAAUACAAUAAUACACGAAUCACUUUUAUUCGUUCAUUCAUAGAAAAUAAUAUCAUUAAAUGAUCAUCGCAUGAUCAUUACAUACCUAUACAGAUACAUACAUGCAUACAUACAUGCACAUACAAACGUUAUAAAAGUAUUUAAGUAAGGAAGAUUUUCUCUUCGACUAAAUAUCGUUAAUAUCAAAUGAUUAAUUAAUCGAAUUCGCAUGUAAUCUGUCAGAUAAAGAAGAAUGAUAUAAUAGUUCUGUUUACAAAAAAAAAAAAAGAAAAAAAAAAGAAAAAAAAUGAAAUAAGAGAAGGCAGAUUAACGUAUGGGAUUGAUUGUACCGUACGAUUACAGGGAAAGUUUAAUAAUAAUAAUAAUAAUAUUGUA